AUGGGGCCCAGACUACCGCCAGCAAGAUUUGUCAGAUCGCUGCGCGUCACCGAUGCCAGCGAGGGCAAGGUUGAAUUCGAGCUCGAAAUCACCAAAGACCACACGAACAGGCUCAAGAUCCUCCACGGCGGCACGAUUGCCAGCAUGGUCGACCUCGGCGGCUCGCUCGCCGUCGCCUCCAUGGGGCUCCACGCCACCGGCGUGUCCACCGACAUGAAUAGCAAGUCCCUCACGUAUCUCAGCAGCGGCGGCAAGAUCGGGGAGAAGAUACAGGGCACUGCCACGUGUGAGAAGAUUGGCAAGACCUUGGCCUUUACGACAGUCACUUUCCGCAACCAAAGAGGCGAACUCGCCGCGAGGGGCAGCCACACAAAAUAUGUCACGCAAGCCUGGAAGGCCCACCCGGCCUAUACUCCGCCCGAGGGCUCAGAGAUAGACGAGCUGGAUUGA